UCAAGGAAAAGGAGAGGCCUUGUUUCACCCUCUCCCUCAUAUCUUCUCUCUCCCACUCCCUCAAAUUCCAAAUUCCUCCCCUCUUCACCCACACAUCUGCAAACUCACGCAACUCUCAGUAAAAAUAAAAUACAACUUUACAAACCCCACCCCACCAUGGCUCUUUGCAACCAAGAAAGCAAAAAUGGGAGAGGCAAAAUUGAGAUCAAGAGAAUUGAGAGCACCACCAAUCGCCAAGUCACCUUCUGCAAACGCAGGAAUGGCCUCCUCAAGAAGGCCUACGAGCUCUCCGUGCUCUGCGAUGCCGAGGUCGCCCUCGUCGUCUUCUCCAGCCGCGGAAGGCUCUAUGAGUACUCCAACAACAGUGUUAGGGCAACUAUUGAUAGGUACAAGAAAGCAACUGCUGAUUCUACAAGUGCUGUGUCUACAUCCGAGGCUAACACCCAGUUUUACCAGCAAGAAGCCAACAAACUGCGCAGACAAAUAAGAGAUAUGCAGGCUUCAAACAGACAAAUGAUGGGAGAGGGAGUGACCAGUUUGCCACUGAAGGAUCUCAAGAGCAUGGAAGGCAAAGUGGAGAGAGCCAUAAGCCGAAUUCGCGCCAAGAAAAAUGAGUUGCUGUUUGCUGAGAUAGAGCUCAUGCAGAGGAGGGAGAUAGAGCUGCACAACGCUAACAUGUUUCUUCGAUCGAAGAUAGCUGAGAGUGAGAGAGCACAGCAGCAGAUGAGUCUGAUGCCGGCCGAAGCUGAAUACAAUGAGCCCAUGACUUCUCAACCUUACGAUCUCCGAAGCUUCCUUCCCAUGAAUCUCAUGGAACCACCCUCCUACACCCGAUCUGACCAAACCCCGCUCCAACUCGUCUAAAAAUCUCGGAGAUGGAUGACGCUGUAAUUUCCUAUAUAUAUCUAUAGUUUUGUGGAAGUGAUGAUGAUCUUAAGUUAGGGGCUGACCAGCAGAUUUCUAUGUAAAACACUCACUACAUUUGAACUUA